AUGGAAGAUUAUUCACAAAACUCAAAAUGGAAGUAUCAUGUUUUCUUGAGUUUUAGGGGAGAAGACACGCGCUUAGGCUUCACCGAUCACCUAUAUGCAGCUUUGGUGCGCAAGAGUAUAAUAACUUUCAGAGAUGAUGAAGAACUUGCAAGAGGUGAAGUAAUCUCACAGAAGCUACUCCAUGCCAUUGAAGAAUCUCUCUCAGCAGUUGUCAUUAUCUCCAAAAAUUAUGCUAAUUCAGCUUGGUGUUUGGAUGAGUUAGUCAAGAUUCUCGAAUCUAAACGUUUGUCAGGACAACAAGUGUUCCCUAUUUUCUAUGGUGUGGAUCCCUCUGAUGUAAGGAAUCAAAGAGGAAGUUUUGAUGAGGCUUUUAGGAAACAUGAAGAAAAAUUUUCCGAAAGCAAAGAGAAGGUGCAAAAGUGGAGAGAUGCAUUGAGAGAGGUCGCCAACUUGUCAGGCUGGGAUUCUAAGGAUCAACAUGAAACGAAACUCAUUGAAGAAGUUGUUGCACAAGUAUGGAAAAAACUGGAACUCAAAUUCCCAUCCUAUAACGAUGGACUGGUUGCAAUUGAUGCCAGAUUGAAAGAAUUAUAUUCAACUCUGAAGAUAGGAUCGGAGGAUGUUCGCUUCAUAGGGAUAUGGGGCAUGGGUGGGAUAGGCAAAACGACUCUAACUACAGCUCUUUACAAAAAAAUCAAAAGCCAGUUUGAUGUAAGUUGCUUCAUUGCUAAUGUAAGGGAAGUCUCGGGGGAAAGAAACGACGGCAUGCUACAGUUACAAAAUAAAAUUCUUUCUCAUCUGAACAUAAAAGGAAUGGUAAUUGAAACAUUAAGCCAAGGAAAGGACAGCUUAAGAAACCUUUUAUCCAACAAAAAGGUUCUUAUUGUCCUUGAUGAUGUAAGUUCUAAAAGCCAACUUGAGAAUUUGGCUGGAAGCCAGGAAUGGUUUGGUCGAGAGAGUAGAAUUAUAGUUACGACUAGGGAUAAGCACCUCUUGAUAUCGCAUGCUGUAUUGUUUGAAAUGUAUGAGAGUAAAAUCUUGAAUAAAAGUGAAUCCCUUCAACUUUUUUGUGAAAAAGCAUUUAAAAAGGACAAGCCGGAAGAAGAUUAUUUAGAGUUAUCUAAGAGUGUGGUCGAAUAUGCUGGAGGCCUUCCUUUGGCUCUUGAAGUGUUGGGUUCUUUUCUCUGUGGAAGAAGGAUAUCUGAUUGGGAAGACGCUUUAAUCAAAAUUAAACAAGUUCCACAUGAUGAUAUCCUAAACAAACUUCGAAUAAGUUAUGACAUGUUAGAAGAUGAACACAAGACUUUAUUUCUAGAUAUUGCCUGUUUUUUUAAGGGAUGGUAUAAACAUAAAGUGAUACAAAUAUUGGAAAAUUGUGGCUUUCAUCCAACACUCGGAAUAAAUGUUCUUAUAGAAAAAUCACUAGUAACUUUUGAUGGAAGAGUUAUUGGGAUGCAUGAUAUGCUAGAAGAAAUGGGUAAAACCAUAGUUUUUCUAGAAUCGUCUAAUGAUCCUGGAAAACGGAGUAGAUUGUGGUCUCUAGAGGAUAUUGAUGAAGUACUAAGAAAUAAUAAGGGAACUGAACUUGUUCAAGGUAUUGUUUUGAAGUCAUCACCAUCUACGUCAUUUGAAGCGCGGUGGAACCCAGAGGCCUUCUCAAGGAUGUCUAAUCUUAGGUUACUCAUUAUAUUAUGUGAUUUGCAUCUUUCACUUGGUCUGAAAUGUCUUUCUAGCUCACUAAAAGUGCUUAUAUGGCGGGGAUAUCCAAUGAAUACUCUACCACUUGGAGUUCAACUGGAUAAGCUCGUUCACUUACAAAUGGUCAAUAGUAAAGUCAAACAACUGUGGAAUGGAACUCAGUAUUUUAGAAAGCUGAGAGUAAUUGAUUUGAGCAAUUCCAAAAAUCUACGUCAAACUCCAAAUGUCUCUGGAGUUCCAUACCUUGAAGAGCUGCAUCUUAAUGAUUGUACAGACCUUGUUGAAGUUCACCAAUCUGUUAAAGAGCACAAAAAGCUUGAGAUAUUGAGCUUGGUAGGAUGUACGAAUCUGAAAACCUUCUCAAGUACAUUGGAAAUGGAUUCCUUGAAAAUGCUCAUUCUAUCUGAUUGCUCAAACAUUUCAAGACUUCCUGAAUUUGGAAAAAAUAUGAUAAGCAUGUCAGUCCUUAAUUUAAUGCACUGCAAAAGUAUUGUGUGCCUUCCAAACAGCAUUAGUAACCUGAAGUCUCUCAAAAUCCUCAAUAUAUCCGGAUGCUCAAAAAUUUGUAACCUGCCAGACGGUAUAAGGCAAAACAAGGCUUUGGAGAAUAUUGACUUGAGUAGAACUGCUAUUGGAGAAAUGGAUCCCUCCCUACUUCAAUUAGGGAAUCUCAAAAUAUUAUCUUUAAGUGGAUGUGGCUUGCCAGCUUCCGAUUCUGGAGGGGACGUGAGUCGGCCAAAUAAGAAUCGGUUAAGGUAUUUCUCAGCUGACACAGGCUUAAUAUUGCCUUCUAUUUUCUCAGGUCUUUCCUCAUUAACUGUUUUGGAUUUGAGCUAUUGUAAUCUCAUUGAUGAUUCAAUUCCCGAUGACAUUGAUGGCUUAUCAUCAUUGGAGAGACUAAUUCUAUCUGGGAAUGAUUUUCUGCGCCUACCCACUUGCUACUUUGUUAAUCUUUCAAAGCUUCGCUAUCUUGAAUUGGAAGACUGUCCUCUGCUUCAUCCUAUACCAUUGCUUCCACCACAUGCAUGCUUGUACUCAACAGAUUCAGAUGCAAGGGAAUCUAAAAUAUUGGAUCCUCAAAAGAUAUGGAAGUUGUUUGAAUCAAGCAACAAAGAACUCUUUCUCUCACCCGUGUCAUUGAUAGUUGAUUACCCUUAUCCUGUGUACACGGAAAUCCCUUCAAGAUUUGAUAAUCAUAAUUUUUUCCCCUUGAGCUCAUCAUAUGUUUCAGAAGCUGACUCAAUUGCAUCGAUAACAGUAAAGAUCCCUACUGACUGUCGUUCGAGUAAUGGGUGGGCAGUUGCUGUAUUUGUGGCCUUGGAGGAAAUUGAUGAAAGCUUUCAGGCCAAGGAAAAGCUGCUUGACAAUACCAAACAAGAUUUGGGGGGAAAUCAAUGCAUUGGUUAUUUAAUCCUAUUGAUAGUAGUGAUUUCGCUAUUAAUCUGUGUAUGGUUUCGUAUUCCAAUAAAAACCACUACCAAACACAUGCGCAUGCGUUGGAACUUUGAUACUUUAGAACCUGAAGAUGGCUCAUCCUUAUCUCUCUUCUCUAGUUCAACAGCAAACAAUAAACUGUACCUGUUCACAAUGGUAGGGAGUGGUGAUUUUAUAUACAUUCGGCGACACACAAGAGGGGAGCGAAAGUCCAUGCACAAAUCCUUUAGCAAGCAUCGGAAGCCAGAGUUGAGGGAAAACAGUUUGUUGCAUUUUGAAGUGCAAGUGGAAGGGUGCAAGAUAAGGAAGUGUGGAUGGCGUGUGUUGCACAAGGAAGAUUAUCUUGAAGACCUUAAAGAGGUGAACAACGGUGAACUUUCUAUGGCACCUUCCGAGCAUGUCAGUGGUAUGUGCAAAUCAACUGUGGAUAAAUUGAAGGGAGAGAAUGCUACUGCUUUUGAUGUGCAGAAGAUAGAAAAAUCCAAUGAAAGUUUCUCUUUGGGAAAAAUGUUUCAGAAUAUUAGACAGGGACUAUGUUUAAGCAUGCUAAUUUUAAUGUCAAUGAUGGUAGCUGCUACAGUAUUCCCUUUGCCUGUGCAAGGUUUCGGCUUUAAAAAGCACACCACAACAAAUGUUGUGCAGAAUAAACCAUUUAAGUCACAUUGGGUUUCCCGCAAAACUGUAUUAAAGGUCAAUAGCAGUCCUAGAUUAAAUGUGAGCCAACGGUUGUCAUUUCCACUAUACCAGCUUCCAAGGAGGACAAAUUUCUCUCAGACUCACUUUUGUUCUUACUUAACUAGAUGA